AAGGAAAAACCCUUUAGGACGAGACGACGAGAGCACUUAGCCCUCAGCCUUGACAUGAAUCGUAGCACCGUCACUAAUUUGCUGCUUUCAGAGUAUUACUGUUCGAUUCUCAUAGAGCCCCUAUAUUCUUUCGACAGCGACCAUGACGGAGAUCCACCGGGUAGGGCUCACUCUGCUCUCCACAGCCGACGGCGCUAGGUGGGAUCAACGCGAUCUGAACAUUAUCUUUGUCCAUGGCCUCAGAGGGCAUCCACGAACGACAUGGUCGCAUCUGCGAUCCACUUUCACCUCCGGUCGCAACGAGGACACCGAAGCGCGCAUCGAUGAGCACAGGAACAUCAAGUCGUUCUUUAGGCUAAAGAAGAGCAAGAAAGGGAAGAAUAAUCAGGGGCAAACGAGCACGUCUAUACCCGCGGAUAUUUUCUGGCCAGAAGAGUACCUCGUGCACGACCUUCCCCAGGCUCGAAUAUGGACAUACGGGUACAACGCAGAUGUCAUUGGAGGGCUCUUCCAGGCAAACAACAAGAACAGCGCGUCGCAGCAUGGUCGGGACCUCGCUGUCCAGUUAGACAGAGAAAUUGACAAUGAGGAUCCGAUCGUAUUCGUGGUGCAUAGCCUUGGUGGGAUCAUUGUCAAAGAUGCACUUCACAGAUCAGAGACGAUUUGCAGACGGACAAGGCUGAUUAUCUUCCUUGGGACCCCUCAUCGAGGAAGCACAUACGCGGGUUGGGGGGAGAUCGCAUCGAACCUGGCGAGCUUGGGCCUACAAGACUCGAAUAAACGGCUUGUACAGACGCUUGAAGUCAACGGCGAGGUGUUGGAUAAUAUUCACGAGGAGUUCAAGACUAUACUUGGCAAAUACGCAAUUAAAGUGCACUCGUUCCAAGAGGCAAAGGGAAUUUCUGGCAUGAAAGGACGGGACAGCAAGGUAGUAGAUAACUUCUCCUCAAAGCUCGACCUCGCAAGGGAACAAGAAACAGUAGAGACUAUCGACGCGAAUCAUAUGGAGAUGGCUAGGUGUAGCAGUAGAGACGAUGCGCGUUAUCGCCAGAUCUGUGGAGUUCUAAAGCAGUUUAUAAGGACCGAACUAUCGAACAGAGUAACGAACUUGGCCAAUAUUACGGAUAGUUCCUUAUUUGCCAAGCUAUUUAUAGCCCCCUUCUCGCAAGACGAUUACUUUAUUGGUCGAGAAGAGAUACUAGGUGAGCUAGACUUAGGAGGCCAGCAAGCAGCGGCGAUAAAGCAUAGGAGAAAUGCACUAGUCGGUCUCGGAGGCAUAGGGAAAUCUCAAAUUGCCAUAGAGCAUGCAUAUCGAGUGCGAAAACACAACCCGCAGACGGCCGUGUUCUGGAUCCAUGCAAGUACCAAGAUUCGAUUCGAGCAAGCGUAUCAAGAGAUAGCAGACAGGCUUGAGCUUCCCGGGCGAGACGAUCCGAAGGUCAAUGUGCUACGUCUGGUGUACAACUGGCUCUCAAGUGAAGCCAACGGACAUUGGCUUAUAAUAUUGGACAAUGUCGAUGAUGGAAGCGUGUUUUUUGGAGAAAAUGAUGCUAGACAUUUCUUCCUCAGACGCCAAACGGAUCAAUUCUUAUCACAUCACGUAACUCGACCGCGGCCAUUAACCUCGUUGACACGUUUGGGAAGCUUAUUCUAGUAGAGCCCAUGGGAGAGGUAGACUCGGU